CAACCGACAAAUUUUCUCCUCCUUGAAGACCACAUGUUCUAACUGAUUCGAUCCGUAUUAUUCCGCCUGGAAUUCGCAUGUGUUUCCGUGAGUUCUGUGACGUGUACAACAGAUCGAUUCAGUGCCACUCUUUCUCAUCAUGGCCCAUGUCCAGGUCAGCAACAACGUUGCCAUCGGCAUACUAGCUCUUCAAGGAGCUUUCGCAGAACAUCAGACUGCCCUGCAAAAGCUCUCAUGCCAGAAGAAAAUUGCGGUCGUUCUUGUUCGGACUGUAGAAGAUCUUUCAGCGUGUGAUGCUCUGAUAAUCCCCGGAGGGGAGUCCACCACUAUUGCACUCCUCGCUAAGCUCGCUGGGCUUUUAGAACCUCUGCGGACAUUUCUGCAAAAGAAGCCCGUGUGGGGAACUUGUGCCGGAGCGAUUCUUCUUGCACAGGCAGUUGAGAAUACCAAAAAAGGUGGCCAGGAACUUCUCGGCGGAAUAUCAGUCACUGUUGCUCGGAAUGGUUGGGGUUCACAGGUCGAGUCGUUCGAGGCAGCUCUUUCAAUAGAGGGUCUGCGGGAUCCAACCACUCCGUUCAUGGGUGUAUUCAUUCGUGCUCCUGUUGUUUUAGCAAUACAUCCAUCCACGGAGAACCCACCAAUAGAAAUCAUCGCUCGCUUACCGAUUAACCUUGUGCCAAAGUCACAGAAGUUGAUGGCACACGCCGGAGGCGACUCCGGUCUACACGAUUCACAAAGUAUUGUUGCAUUACGGCAGGGACGACAUAUGCUCACGACAUUUCACCCGGAGCUCACAAAAGACAGUCGUUUUCACGAGUAUUUUGUGCGGACUUGUGUUUUGCCUCCCCUUCUGUGAAGUGGUGUAAUAUGAUAUUGCCGCUCACCACCGUCAUGGUUGACGUGUGAUAGAUUGGGCCUCAUGUAAGGCCCCUAAUUGGCGGUACCGCGACCUCGGGAGCGCGCAUACUUGUCCCUGAGGAGAGCCAUCAAAAAACUCAAGCAAGAGACGCAAAGGGCCUGAAGAAAUCUAGACUGAUUACUGAAUAAAACGUGUAUUAGACGAUUUUAAACCUUUUGAUACCUGUCAGACGUUCUGCUAUAAGACUUGAAGCUUGAAGAAGAGGCUAUCAAGACGAGCACUAAUUUGGUAACAU